AUGCUUGUGGAAGGCGUAGAUCCUCAGCCGGAUCCUAUUGAGAACAAGUAUGGCGAGAAGGUCGGCGACGAAGAUGACUUCCACAAGCCGGUCGACCAGACGCCUUAUGAUGACCCUUUUGGCAACGAGGAGACUGCCGAAGUCAAGUACAAAACUCUGAAGUGGUGGCAAUGUGGCAUGUGCCUAGUCAUGAUUGCCGAAUCAGUUUCGCUUGGUGUUCUGUCUCUACCGGCUACGCUGGCGUCCCUGGGGCUGGUUCCUGCGAUCAUCCUCAUCGUCGGACUCGGUAUUGUUGCACUGUACACCGGAUAUGUCAUCGGCCAGUUUCGCCAGCGAUACCCGCACAUUCAUAACCUGGCGGAUGCCGGAGAGAUCCUCCUGGGUCGGUUUGGUCGCGAGCUCUUCGGACUGGGCCAGAUCCUGUUUUCAAUCUUCAUCAUGGGCAGCCACAUUGUCACCUUUACCGUCAUGAUGAACACCAUUACCGACCACGGCACAUGCUCCAUCGUCUUCAGUGUCGUAGGUAUGGUGAUCUGUAUGGUGCUCUCCCUGCCGAGAACCAUCAAGAACAUGACCUACAUCUCCAUUGCCUCGUUCUUGAGUAUCUUUUCCGCCGUGAUGAUCACCAUGAUUGGCGUCGGGGUGCAGUACAAGGGCGGCGUCAACAUGAACAUCACCAACGAGACCAACCUGUACCAUGCAUUCACGGCGGUGACUAACAUCGUCUUUGCGUACUGCGCCCAUGUUGCGUUCUUCGGUUUGAUUGCCGAAAUGGAGGAGCCGAAGGAUUUCCCCAAGGCGCUGUGCCUGCUGCAGGUCUUCGAGAUCUGUCUCUACGUCGUUGCCGCCGUCGUGAUCUACUACUACGUCGGAAACGACGUGACUUCGCCAGCUCUGGGAUCGGCCGGCCCCGUCUUGAAGAAGGUCGCGUACGGAAUUGCCAUUCCCACGAUUGUCGGAGCGGGUGUCGUGAAUGGACACGUCGGAUUGAAAUACAUCUACGUCCGCCUCUUCCGCCGAUCGGGGCGCAUGCACAGCCGCGACUGGGUGUCGGUGGGCUCCUGGGUCGGUAUUGGCGUGUCGUGCUGGGUGAUCGCCUGGAUCAUCGCCGAGGGCAUUCCGACGUUUACCAAUAUCGUGAGCUUGAUUAGUUCACUUUUCGCUAGUUGGUUCAGCUAUGGUCUGGGCGGUGUUUACUGGCUGCAUCUGAACUGGGGCCGGUGGUUCUCGUCUCCUCGCAAGGUCUUCCUCACGAUUAUUAACAUGCUGAUCGUGCUGAUGGGUGGAUGCCUGUGUGGCCUGGGAUUGUACGUGUCCGGCAAGGCGAUUCACGACGACAGCGCAAAGAGCAGCUUUUCCUGCGCCAACACCGCCGACUAG